GGUGAUCAAGAGGUGGGACGUUCUUUGACCACAGAUGUUAUUCAGCUGAUGCCGAAUCUGAGGAUUGUCCCACUCAGCCAUGGGUCGUCUCUGGAUCCAGUCAUGGACCGGAACACUGUGUGUUCUCCUGAGCUGGGUGUGCUUUGGUCAGAUAGAGGCAGGACCGCAGUACAUGGUCGCCAUACCUGCGGUUCUUGAAGCGGGAGCCACAAACAGAUUCUGCAUCAACCUCAUGCAGCCCAACGAGACUCUGCAGAUGAGAGUCACUCUACAGUCACAUGAGAAAAACACCACCCUCUUCUUAGAUACAACGGACAUUGAUUAUCAGAAAUGUGUCGACUUCAAGGCUCCUGUAGUGGCGGACGAGGCGGUGAAAAUGUUGGAGACUGUGGUCCAGGGAAAAACCUUUUACUCCAGAGAAGUGAGGAAAGUCAAGAUCAAAUCAUACAAACCUGUGACGUUCAUCCAGACGGACAAGCCGCUGUACCUCCCUGGACAGACAGUGUACUUCCGAGUUGUCUCCAUGGACAUCAAGUUUAGACCCGCUAAACAGAUGUACCAAAUCAUCGAACUCCAGGACUCCAACCGCAACCGCAUUGGCCAGUGGCUGAACCAAACUGCAAGCGGCACAAUACUGCAGCUCUCACACGCCUUGAACUCUGAGGCACGUGAAGGUUUCUACCGUCUAGUGGUGAGUACUGCUGACGGGCAGAGAACAGAACAUAGCUUCAAGGUGGAAAAAUAUGUUCUACCUAAAUUUGACAUAACGUUAAAAGGAUCCGAUAAAGUCACCAUCGUUCAGGACAGCUUCAGCUUUGAUGUUUGUGGGAAGUACACAUAUGGACAACCUGUGCCUGGAUCUGCCACGGUGAAAGUGUGUCGCCUUCUGAACCGUUACUUACUCCAUGACAUACCAUGCCACGAGGAGACAAAACAGACUGACAAGACUGGCUGCGCUUCUUUUACUUUACAAAUGUCAACGUUCACCAAACUGGCUGAAAAGGCUGUUCAAGAAGAUAUUGACAUCAGAGCCAAGCUGGAAGAAGAGGGAACAGAAAUUUCUCGGGAAAAAGGCAAAAGAUUAAAAAUCUCUUAUGCCAUUGGAAAGUUGUCUUUUAUUGACACGCCCAAGAUUUUCCACCAGGGGUCACCCGUUGAGGGAAAGGUAAAGGGUGUCUACUACAACAAUACCCCCAUGGCCAACGUGACCUUGUACUUGUUUGAGGGUGUAAGGUGGUCUUCACGCCAUCUCCAGAAUCUCACGACUGACCACGAUGGUGUCGCCUCCUUUUCCAUCAGCACAGACGACCGCAAACAGGACUUGCACCUCCAUGUCAGCAGCACACCGUCUCUGUCCUCUCCUGGUCACAGAGUUCCAUUCUAUGAGUCAGGAGAACAAACUGUGUCCAUGUUUCGAUCACCUUCCAUGGACACAAAGUCUGUGAGUUCUCUGGAGGUUCAGAAGAAGAAAGACGAUAUUCCGUGUGACCAGGACACAGAUAUCUCCGUCCACUACACCAUCGCUGGAGAAGCACAAGGCUCUGCGACUCUUGUAUACCUGGUGUUAGCCAGAGGAGCCAUUGUCAUGCAAGGAGUUAAGGAGGUUAUGAUUCCAAGUGCAUCAGUGGUUAAGGGUGAGAUAACAUUCCCGCUGAGCGUGACCGCAGACAUGGCCCCUGUCGUCCAAGUUGUGGCUUAUACGGUGCUUCCCAGUGAGACGGUGAUAGCUGACAGUGAAGACUUCUCCACACAGAAAUGCUUCAAUAACAAGGCGUCCCUGAGGUUUUCCAUGGUUUCACCUUUACCUGGAGAGCAGGGCAGCCUGCAAAUGAAGGCCCAACCCCACUCACUCUGUGGUGUGAGCGCUGUUGACCAGAGCGUCCUCAUCGAGAGACCCGGGGAGACUUUGGAUGCAGAAAAGAUCUUCAAAUUGCUGCCUCUCACCAAAGCAAGCCACAUCCCUUAUGAUAUUAGAGACCCAGAGGCCUGUCUGCCAGUGAGACCAAAGCGAUCCAUCUUACCUUACCCUGGCCCCGACAGGGACGAUGCUUUCACAGUAUUCCAGAACGUAGGUCUGAAGAUGGCAACAAAUUUGUUCAUCCGAAUACCUCUGUGUAUGUCAUUUAAAGGAAGACUGUAUCGCCUAGAUCUUGGCAUUUUGCCGGAAGUCAGUAGAAUGCAUUACGUGGGAUCAAGUCACUAUGGCGGCGGUCGGCCACCAAUCGUGACUGUCCGUACUUUCUUCCCUGAGACGUGGCUAUGGGACCUGGUGGAAGUUGGAGAGUCCGGUAGCGCAGACGUUCCAGUAACAGUCCCAGACACCAUCACCACGUGGGAGACAGAGGCUUUCUGCUUGUCACCUGAGGGUUUCGGCCUGGCUCCUCGCGAAAAGUUGACCGUGUUCCAGCCUUUCUUUGUGGAGCUCUCUCUGCCCUACUCCAUCAUUCGAGGAGAAAACUUCGACCUGAAGGCCACCAUCUUCAACUACAUGGAUAGUUGCAUCAUGAUUGGUGCAUAUCCUUCACCUUCAACCGAAUACACAGUCACUCCAUACUCUGGUGUGGAGUACACGUCCUGUCUAUGUGGCAACGAGCGCAAGACUCUCCGCUGGGCUUUCUCCGCAAAUUCUUUGGGACCUGUGAACAUCACAGUCACUGCUGAAGCUGUGACUUCCCAUACUUCCUGCAACAAUGAGAUUGUGAGUGUGCCCGAAAAGGGCCGUAUUGAUGUGGUCACACGGUCCCUCAUUGUUAAGGCUGAGGGAACAGAGAUGACAGAGAACUUCAACUAUCUCCUCUGCCCCAAUGGAGGUGAACUGAAGGAGGAAGUUACCGUUCAACUUCCUGAGAAUGUGAUUGACGGAUCUGUUCGUGCUGUGGUGUCUGUCCUUGGUGACAUCCUGGGCAGGGCGAUGCAAAACCUGGAUGGUUUGUUGCGGAUGCCGUACGGAUGUGGGGAGCAGAACAUGGCUCUGCUGGCACCAAACAUCUACAUCCUGCAGUACCUGUCAAACACCCAGCAGCUGAAGCCAGACAUCAAGGAAAAAGCCACCAACUUCCUGACCAGCGGAUACCAGAGGCAACUGAACUACAAGCAUCGCAACGGUGCAUACAGCACCUUUGGCACUGGAACUGGGAAUACUUGGUUGACUGCAUUUGUGGUGAGAUCUUUCGCCAAAGCAAAGUCUUUCGUCUACAUCGACCCUCAGAAGAUUAAAGAGUCCAAGAAUUGGCUGAAGAGCAUGCAGAAGGAAAAUGGCUGUUUCCAACAGUCUGGAAAACUCUUCAACAACAGGAUGAAGGGUGGAGUGUCUGAUGAAGUGACUCUCAGUGCCUACAUUACUGCUGCUUUCCUGGAGAUCAAUGCCAAAGAGGAUGAGGAGGCUGUGAAGAAGAGCCUCCUGUGCCUGAGGCAGUCCACCCAUGACCACAGCAACACCUACACCACAGCUCUGAUGGCUUACGUCUUCACCUUAGCGGGAGACGUCGAGACUCGCAAUCUGUUGCUCCAACACCUUGACAAGGUCGCUGUCAGGGAGGGUGGUUUCCUCCACUGGGAGCAGGAUGCCACUGACAAAUCAUCCUCUCUGUCUGUGGAGAUAAGCUCCUACGUGCUGCUGGCCAGACUCAGCUCCUCUCCCUCCGCUGAAGAUCUGGGCUACAGCAGCAACAUCGUCAGGUGGCUGACAAGACAGCAGAACUACUAUGGAGGUUUCUCCUCCACACAGGACACAGUGGUGGCCCUGCAGGCUCUGGCUCUCUACUCAACACUGGUUUUCAGUCCUGCUGGCUCCAGCUCUGUCACCUUCCAGUCUCCUGGAGGAGAUUUGCUCUUUGAGGUGAACCAGGACAACAAGCUGCUUUACCAGGAGAAGAUGCUGGAACAUUGGUCAGGACAACACAACCUGGUGGUUAAGGGCACAGCCUGUGCGUCUGCCCAGCUUGCUGUCCAUUACAAUGUCCCGACGCCAGUUAUCCCUUCCACCUUGAGAGUUUCAGUUGAAGUCUUGGAUGAGUCCAACUCACUGAGAUCGAAGCUCAAGCUGAGUCUGACGUCGCUGUAUAAUGGAGAGCAGAAUUCCACCAACAUGGUGAUCAUCGACAUCAAAUUGCUCUCAGGAUUUUCUCCUGCUCCUGAAACUCUGAAGAAUCUGAGACAGGCUCUUCUGGUGGACCGUGUGGAGCAUGAAGAUGACCAUGUCCUGAUCUACUUGGAGGAGCUGCCCAAAGACAUUCCCAUCCACCACAGCCUGCAUAUCCUACAGGACGUGCCAGUUGAGAACCUGAAGCCAGCAGUCGUGAAGAUCUACGACUACUACCAGACAACUGACGAGUUCUUAACUGAGUAUACUCUCAAAAAAGCAGAUUAAACUUCAAGUUUCCCCUCCAGUCAGUGCCCAGCUGAGCCCACCACCUGUACUUUACCGAGUCUACAGAUUGACAAUUCUUUGUGUGUCUCCAAUGGAUGUAAACUGUCUGUAAAUGGCGUCUGGGAUGUAAUCGUUGAAUAAAAUCAUGAGA